AUGGCAACCCAACUAGUGCCGCUUCCCGAGGUAGAGCGCCUCAGCGCCUCAGUCAUCCGGAUCUUGGGCGCAAACCCAGGCAAAUUCACACUCCAAGGCACAAAUACAUACUUAAUUGGGCGCGGGCAUCAGAGAAUCCUCAUCGACACCGGCGAAGGACAGCCGGCAUGGGCCCAAAACCUGAAAACCGUCCUGACGGCCGAGAAAGCCACCGUGCACCAGGCCCUCAUCACCCACUGGCACGGUGACCAUGUCAACGGUCUACCAGAUCUACUCCAGAUCUGUCCCCAGGCCCAUGUCUACAAGCACCAGCCGGGAUCAAACCAAAAUGACAUCCAAGAAAGCCAGACCUUCUCUGUCGAAGGCGCCACGCUGACGGCACUACAUACGCCAGGUCACACAGUUGACCAUAUGGCCUUCAUUUUGGAAGAAGAAAAUGCCAUGUUUACAGGUGACAAUGUCCUGGGCCAUGGCACGGCCGUCUUCGAAGACUUGAAGACCUACCUCAGCAGUUUGCACCGAAUGCGCGACCGAGCCUCCGGUCGCGGGUACCCGGGCCAUGGAGCCGUGAUUGAGAAUGCCGGGGCGCGCAUCACGGAAUACAUCAAGCACCGACAGCAGCGGGAAGACGAGGUGCUGCACGUCCUCAAAUACGGGUCGCUAGAUGGGACAGUGGUGAAUAUUAAGACGUGGACGCCCCUGGAGUUGGUCAAACAGAUUUACAAGAAUGUUCCGGAGUCAUUGCAUUUGCCGGCUUCGCAUGGAGUAGCACUGGUGUUGGCGAAGUUGGAGGAUGAGGGGAGAGUUGUGGCGGACGGGGAUGGAUGGAGAUUGAGUGAGAAGUCAACAUUGUGA